AUGAUGACAUGGAAAUGCGUUAUACCUGGAAAGAAGGACACGGACUGGGAUGGUGGCCAUUAUCCGCUGACGAUACACUUUACGGAAGAUUACCCAUCGAAGCCGCCAAAGUGCAAGUUCCCUCCAGGCUUUUUUCAUCCCAACGUCUACCCGUCAGGCACGGUGUGCCUCAGCAUUCUCAACGAAGACUAUGGCUGGAGACCAGCUAUUUCUGUGAAGCAAAUUCUAGUUGGUAUUCAAGAAUUGCUUGACCAGCCAAACCCUGCCGAUCCAGCUCAAACUGAUGCUUACCAGCUCUUCACUCAGGACACGGUGGAGUACAAAAAAAGGGUCAGGGAGCAGGCAAAGCAAUACCCUUCUCUCAUCUGA